UCCUCCCCUUCCGGGUGAUAUGCAAGCCCCACACAUAGAAUGCGAAGGUAUCCCUGUGAUGUAAUUGUUAACGGUCCGUUUCCCGGGCUGAGCCAGGGAGGGCGGGGAGUUUAGGCUGUGCCGACCCCUGAGCCCCCCUUCAGGAACCGUUCAGAGCCUGGACAUGUCGCGAUUGAGGAGAUACGAGGUGGCGCUGGAAGCGGAGGAGGAGAUCUACUGGGGCUGCUUCUACUUUUUUCCUCGGUUGCGAAUGUGGCGCAGGGAGCGGAGCUCGGCGCACCCCCGGGAGCAGAAGCUGGAGCCUCUGCGGGGCCUAAUGAGCUGUUUGUCGAGCGGCCUGAGGCCUGCUCCCCAGCGCUCGGGUCGUGGUCUCCUCUGUCGCACCCCCACCGCUGCUGCACAGACAGCCGGUGCAUUAAAGAUUUAAAGUCACGCCCACUGCCUCCCUGACUUUACCACCGCAGACGCCAUUGGUGCUGGGAAUCCCACUCCACACCUGCUGUUUCUUAACCCACAGGGCAUCCCUCCCUGGUAGGAAGCCUUUGCAUGUGUAGGACUCCAUUGCUCCUAAGGGUCAGGCUUGUAAUUACUAUCAGUGACUGGCUCUCUGCCACGCCCUCCCCAAAAGCACCCACACUGAGAGUAGGCCACAUCUUUCCCCCACCUAUCAGUGUUCCCACAACUUCAGCUGUUACCACCUAACUCUAGCCAUAACUUUGCCAGAUGUCUGGAGAAUCCUCUUUUCCUGGGAGUGGAUAUAAAACAUUUUAGCCAAAGUUGAGGAGUCUGCUGUCAGUGAGAGGAAGGACCAGUUUCUAGAAGCUGUCUCCAGCAGUGUACCCCAGGAGAGUGACAAGGGUCGAGGGUCCAAGGUCCUUCCUAUAGUUAAAACCCCAAACUGGCUCCCCCAGUCUGAUCCCAAUUUUUUGUUUGUUUUUGUAUUUAAUUUUUUAAGUGUGUGUGUGUGUGUGUAUGUGUGUUUGUAAUGUGUGUGUGCCCACCACAAUGCAUGUGCAUGCAGAGAUCAGAGGGUAUGACCCUUUGUGAGGGUUUUUCAUCCAUAUGGCUUCCCGGGAUGGAAUUCAGGGUUUCAGGCUUGGCACCAUGGCCAUCCUGACAGCCCCAUCACCGUUUUAAAAGUCCUUGGUAUCAGCAAGAACUAGCAGUUUGGAGAGAAAUUUGUGCAGGCAACUUGAUGCAGGUGGGGAGGGUCUCGGUUGCUAGCAUGUUGCUAGGUGCUCAGAUGUGUGCAUGAUACAUGCAGGUGUGAGUCCUAGGCUGCUGUGAUGGUUUGUAUAUGCUUGGCCCAGGGAGUGGCACUAUUAGAAGGUGUGGUCCUGUUGGAGUAGGUGUGUCACUGUGGGUGUGGGCUAUAAGACCCUCAUCCUAGCUGCCUGGAAGUCAGUAUUCUGCUAGCAGCCUUCAAAUGAAGAUGUAGAACCCUCAGAGCUCCUUCUGAACCAUGCCUGUCUGGAUGCUGCCAUGUUCUUGCCUUGGUGAUAAUGGAUGAACCUCUGAACCUGUAAGCCAGCCCCAGUUAAAUGUUGUCUUUUAUAAGACUUGCAUUGGUCAUGGUGUCUGUUCACAGCAGUAAAACCCUAACUAAGACAGCUGCUGAGCAUGUUAAUAGAAGACGGGUCUGUGUAUCCCCCAAGCCAAGUAGAGUCUCCGUUUGCUAAACUAUUUCCUAUGCUUCCCUACCUCACUGUGUGUGUGUGUGUGUGUGUGUGUGUGUGAGAGAGAGAGAGAGAGAGAGAGAGAGAGAGAGAGAGAGAGAGAGAGAACAUGCUCAUGUAUAUAAAUGCAGAGGUCAGUAUCAGCUGUCUUCCUUAUUUUUUGUGACAAGGUCUCUCACUGAACUUGGAGCUUGCUGAUUCAGCUAGACUAUCUGUCCCCACUUCCCAACACCACACCUUACACAGCUGCUGAGAAUGGAACUCAGGCCCUCAGUCACACCAAGCUCUUUACCAACUGAGCCUUCUCCCCAUAGUCUUAGUUUAUAGGUUAGUAGAGUGUGCCAAUACACUACAAGAAUUUUUUCAAGAGGUGGGGAAGCUAUUGGGUUAAAUACAGAAGUUGAUAUAAGUAGCUAUUGCGGGGACUAAAGAUGGCAUUGGCUCCUUUGUUUAUCAGCACAUGUUCAUUGUACAAAGCCAUGCGUCUCAAUGACAUUUUUUGUUCAAGUUUGUUGUCCAUAUCCAUUCCCUAUUACCCCCCUGUGUGUCACUCUUACCCCUUCCUGAUAGUUUCUUUCCUCUUGCAAAGUAGUUUUGCCUAUAUUUUCAUGCCAUAUAGGCAUGUGCGAGCUCCACUUAUGAAAGGAAACCUUUAAUGAUUGUCUUUCUGGGUCUGGCUCAUGCCACUUGGUAUGAACUCCAGUUCCAUUCAUUUCCCUGCAGAUGGUAGUGUUUCAGUCUCCCUCAUGGCUGAAUAAAGCCUCAUUGUACAUAUACAUACAGCACAUCUUAUCUUGUCCUCUUUAAUGGCUGUAUAGGAUGAGCCCAUUGGUUGUUGUGAGCAGUGCUGUUGUGUAACUAACUGGAAAGGAGCAGGUCUGAAGGUCACUGAGGGUGGAACCCGAAUCCUGACCAGCUUUAAGCCCCUCCUCUGUGUCCCUGGUAACACUAAAAUUUUAAGGAAGCAGGAAGAAUCCCAUUUUAUGUGGGAAUUUGAGAUUUUUUUUUAAAUUACAUUUUAUUUACCUACUGGGAGUACAGGAGCACACACACCAGCAGUGUACCAGUAAAAGCCAGACGACAAUCUGUGGGAACGUGAAAGGCAGCCUGUGUUCUGGUUGAGCCAAGCUUACCACGGAGGCUCAGUAGAAAACUCUACAAGGGAUGGAACAGUGAGUCAUGUUCUCAGACGUAGGUGCUGACACCAUGGAGCCCCCAACUCCAUAAUCCUGUGACUAUCAGUCACGCAGACAAUGUCACAAGCUCCUGGCAUUCUGGCUAGACUCCACCCCACAGUUACCUGACUAUAGCCAGGUAUGCUCCUCCCCGCAACUACCCUGCAAAUGCGAGAUAGCCCAUCCCACUAUAAAAGGGGCUGCUUGGCCCCUCCUCUCUCUCUUAAGCUCACACCUCUCUUAUUCUCAUCUCUAGUUCUCCUUCUCUUCCUCCCUUCCCCCUUCUCUCCACGUGGCCAUGGCCGGCCUCUCUUUUUCUACCUUCUCUUUCUCUCUGCCUUUCUACAAUAAAGCUCUAAAACCAUGAA